AAUAAAAUAUUUCAAAAAUUUGAAAAUAUUUUCAAAUUUUUGUGAAAAUGUCUUCGACAGCAACAUCAGCGGCCACAACGGCCAACCAACAGAAAUCUUCUGCGGGCAAAGAUAGCAGCAAUACAACAGCGGCCGGAAAUAAAACAAAGUGCAAAUACACCAAAACCAAGGAGCGCAUGAUUGAGGAGGUGCCACUGCCACCUGCUCACAAAUUAACAAUGGAUGAGGUCUAUGAUCCCAAAACGAACAAACCAAAUUAUGAUGUCUUGCGACAACAUUUCCUACUGGAAGGACGCAUCGAAGAAGAACCUGCCAUGAGAAUAAUAACUGAGGGUGCGGCUUUGCUGCGGAAUGAGAGUAAUAUGAUAGAUGUUGAGGCACCCAUUACCGUGUGCGGUGAUAUACAUGGACAAUUUUUCGAUUUGGUAAAACUAUUCGAAGUUGGUGGCCCACCAGAGUCUACAAGAUAUUUAUUUUUGGGUGAUUAUGUCGAUCGUGGUUAUUUUAGUAUAGAGUGUGUCCUAUAUUUAUGGUCGUUAAAAAUCUGUUAUCCUGAUACAUUAUUUCUGCUGCGCGGUAAUCAUGAAUGCAGACAUUUAACAGAAUAUUUUACCUUUAAACAGGAAUGUAA